AUGGCUGCAGUAGCUGCAGGCCUUGGCCUUACAGCGCCAGCACAUGCUCUUCCUGGGUUCAAGAAGGACCUGAAGAAUAGACGAAAGCUGAAGAUUCCAGAGUCGGAAUUCAAAGAGGGGCCUCAGGGCCUGAAGUACUAUGAUGUGGUUGAGGGUAAGGGGGCGCUGGCAAGGGAGGGAGAGCGAGUGGUGGUGCAUUAUGAAGCCCGGUGGCGAGGCGUGACUUUUAUGACCAGCAGGCAGGGCAUUGGCGUGACCGGGGGGACCCCGCUGGGAUUUGAUGUGGGGGCCCAGGGCGCCGGGGGGACCCUGCCAGGCCUGGACCUGGGAGUGAGGGGCAUGCGGGUGGGGGGCCAGAGGAAGCUGAUUGUGCCGCCAAACCUGGCGUAUGGCAGCAGGGGAGUCGGUGAGAUCCCCCCAGAUGCCACGCUGGACUUUGAGGUUGAGCUGCUCAGCAUCAAGACCAGCCCUUUUGGCUAUCGCACCAAAAUUGUGGAGGGCUGA